CGACCGGUCCCAACCCAUCAAUCCCAGGACCACCACCACCACCACCACCACCACCAAACUCUCCCUUCAUUCAGCACCGUCCAGCCUCCAGGAACCCCAAGGAGCCGGUCCACGCCCUGUCCGCUCCCUGCGGAACGGGACCCAGCGCCCACCGGAUCCUCCCGCCGCCGCCCUCCACGGACCCAGCCGGGGGGACAGUCCGCCACCCAUCUGCCGACCGAGCCAUGAGCACGGAGAGCAUGCUGAGGGACAUCGAACUGGCCGGGGAGCCGGCGGGGAAGACCGCGGGGGCCCAGAGGCCCGGCCACUGCCUCUGCCUCAGCCUCGUUUCCUUCCUCCUCGUGGCCGGUGCCACCACGCUCUUCUGCCUGCUUCAUUUUGGGGUCAUUGGCCCUCAGGACCGAGAGGAUGGCCCUCUCCUCCCGCUCACGCAGAUGCUAAAAUCUUAUCAGCCUUCAGCGGAGAAGCCUGCUGCCCACGUUGUAGCCAAUUCCCAGGAGGACAAGAAGCUGGUCUGGGUGGGCGGCCGUGCCAACGCCCUGCUGGAAGGCAACGUGAUCCUGGACAAAAACCAGCUGGUGGUCCCUGCCUCCGGCCUCUACCUCGUCUACUCCCAGAUCCUGUUCAAGGACAGCAGCUGCCCCGCCAAUCCCGACGACUCCCCCAUCCUGACCCACAACGUCUCCCGCUUCUCCGACUCCUACGAGUACGAAGUCUCCAUCCUCUCGGCCAUCAAGACGCCCUGCCAGGGCGGGGCCAAGGGCACCUGGUACGAGCCCAUCUACCAGGGGGGCAUCUUCAGGCUGAAUCAGGGGGACAGGCUCAGCUCCCAGACCAACAGCCCCGAAUAUCUGGACUUUUCCAUGGAAGGGCAAGUGUAUUUCGGCAUCAUUGCCCUGUGAGGCGGUCGGAGGGACCCACCCUCUGACCUCUCCAUCUCCCCCACCCCACCGUCGCCGGGCCCGAGCUGGGAGGGAAGGGUCCGGGCCGGCUUCGGAGCCCAGAAUGGACAGCAUCCGGAGAAACCCUCCGAGGGCCGGCGACAGCGCCCCACCGCCAGACCCUCCAGUUGGACUGAAAUAUGGAUCUAGAACACGAGUCCAGAGGAUGCUCCCCAACACAUCAAGACCCUGACCCUCCCCCCGAAGGCCGGGAUACAGGGGCACCUCGGGCGCAGAUUGAGAUUUAUGGGGAGGUGGGCUCAAACCCCCUUCCCCCACCCACCUGGUUGCUUUAUUUAUGGAUCUUUUGGAGGAUCGCCACCUCCCCUCCCACACACCUCACACCGUCCCGUCUCCCCAAGCAGGCGACCUCUGCUAUUUAUGAUUGGAUAAUGUUAUUUAUUAUUUAUUUAUUUAUUUAUUUAUUAUCUAAUAUAUUUAUUCUGGAGGCAGUUGGGGGAGAGGAAUGGAGCAGGGGGCAAUGGAGGUGCCGGGGUUCUCCCUGGUACUACCUCCCCUCACCGCAUCCAACCCCGCCCAGAGGCUAGUGGGUAUUUUCUGUGAAAAUGUUCCCCAACAGAAGAGCCUCAGACUCCCCCCACCCCCACCCCCCCAACCUGUCUCUGCUUGUUUUGAAUACUGCUGAUUUUGGAGUCAUCCUGCCAGCUUGGCAUUUUCAGACCUCCGCUCCCCAGGGGAGAUCAUUAUAGAAGAAGCCCUUUUGUCC